AUGGACAUGUAUCAGUCAGCCAUCUACAACGCCAAAGUAGCUGUCACUUUCGAUGCGAUCACCCAGAACAAUAAGUUCGGAUCUAACAGGUGGAUUUGGGCCGAUUGUGGCGUAAUCAUUGUGAAGGAAGAAAAAGCUGCGCCUGGGACCGCUUGGGGAGAAGUCCUCAGCCAUUUUUUUGACGACGACAAGUUUGAGCGGUCCAUCCGCCUCACCGGAGAUUCCGGCUUGGUGUUGCAGGAAUAUGGUUCGAACAUGAAGAGGAAGACACUGAUUUCGGAUAUCUCGGUGCAAACAUUCGACAACAUGGACGCAAACGGUUUCUACGAUGGUCGCGAGGAAGUGGUCAUUGGAUACCUCCCCCUGCGGUAUCCGAACACCGUCUUUAGUAUCCCUUAUUAUGAAUCAAACACGCCGUUGCAGCUGGGAUUCCCAGGGAGGAGCUACCCGGCGAGAACGGCCUGGUCGGCAUACGGUGGCCGGGCUACCGCACCGCCUAUCAAUGACCCCAUGUCGACUGUCUACUGUCCCGGCGGGAUGUAUCAACCUCGACAGCCAAACUUGAAACUGGGGGAAUGGUAG